UACCAAGUUUUUCACAGUCCCUAUCGUACCCGAGCAGACUAUCCCGAGAACUGACUGGUAUCUCCCUCUGCUAAAUAUAUGCUCGAGUACUAUAUUCUACACACCAAGGACUGCACAGUAUAGGUAUAUCUCUCGACAUAGCAUCAUACCAAUCACUCAUGCCCGCCGUUCCGCCAUUUCCCAUCAAAGGCCUGUUAUCGCAAUUCAACAAACGCGAAUACACCCAAAACCAAGGGGAGGAUGAUAGCGAUGUCAAAAGUCCGGUAGCGCUAGUCGGGCUUCUUAUCGCUGCCCUGACUUUACUUGUCGCAACGAUACCUAUCCUCCGGUGCCCACGAUUUCGCCGUUGGGUGUCCUCCUCGAUUCCAUCCUCCGCCAAGGUAUACCCACCCAUCCCCUUAGACAUAUUUUACAUAUGCAUACUCAGUUUUACAAUCGUGCUCAGAGGGCUCUCGGAGUUACCCUUCCAAACUCUCCCCCGGGAGCUGUUAUUUCUGGGGAGGACUCAAGCGCUAUCCCAGCAACUGAGAUUCCUAUCCCCCCCAGUCCCGCCUUAAUAUACAAUAACUUUUCCAAUACCUACUCUGCCAAUCUCGCGCCAAUACCUUCCCCCACAGCCAGAACGGCAUCACAAGAGAAGAUGGCAGAGCGCCACACGUGGGGGGAUCACUGGGACCGAGAAGACCUGAACCGGUAUUCUCCCCGCGGUCUUUGUGAAGGUAGAAAAAAUUUUCGGUCAUAGAACCCGGAGCACUUCGAUCUCAUGUAGGUGAAAGUUUAUCUAACGCCCUUCCCUCUAUGUUUGUUACCGCACCUACACGGAUCUCCGUUUACCUUAUCAUUUCUGACAUUUCCUGCUGAAUAGAUCGAGUAAAGUUUUGCCGUCCAUGACUGCUUGUAUUAUAGGAAAGGGCAAUGCGUCCACGGGUUGGUUAUUUUCUGUGUUACGACGUUACUAUAGCACUUCGGUGGAACAAGAUACAGUACUAUACGUUACAAAAUACUUGCGCUAGGGUAGUUUGUCUUCUCUUCUUAAUUUCCUCACGGUGCUUGUACAGGCCAAGAGUUUCGCAAUCCCUUUUCUCCCUAUGGUUAUUAUUAAAGGGAUCAGGGCACAUAUACCUUGAUUGUUUGCUUGUUAGAGGAAGUAGAAACUACUGAAAUUCAUGAAACGGCCAGUAUGACUUAGGACUUGUUUGGCUGCGACCCUUCUGUUCUGUUUUCACAUACAAAUACUGUUACCCUUCCGUUGAUUAAUGGUCAUUUUGUAUGGCAAAACAGAGGAGCGGUCAUAUCCAAAUAGACCCUUAAUUCUAGC